GGCCGGAGCCUCCCCCGCCCAGCCCGGCGGGAGCCGAGGAAACCCCGGCCCCGCCGCGGCGCCGCUCCGCCCACCCCCUCCGCACGCCUUCCGCCUUCACCUAGGGCCGUAGGUGCGGCGCGGGGCCGAGCGGCAGGAGAGGCGCCGGGAGCCGCAGCCGCAGCCGCAGCCGGAGCCGCGCGCCCGCCCCGAAGCCCGCGGGUCUCCGUUCCGCCGCCGGCAGCUGCGGGGGCGCGUCAUGUAGCGGCGGACCCACCUCGGAUUUGCAACUCUGUCUCUCUCUCUCUCUCUUUCUGGAGGGGCGGGGGGCGCGGCCAAAUUGUAUCUCCGCCCUCGCUCUCUCGCCUCCCCCGGGUGCAGGCUGCAUCCGCCUCUAAAAAUUGAGGGGCUCGGGGAGGGCGGGGGGCCGCGGAUCGGCGUGGGACCGGCUCUGCCCUCGCGCCCGGAGGGCCACCAUGACCGACGAGAGCGCCGAGGUCCCCGGGGAGCUGACAGAAAGCAUAAAGGACGUUAUUGGCAGAAAGAUAAAAAUUGCAGUGAAGAAGAAAGUCAAGUUGGAAGUUAAGGGAGACAGAGUUGAAAACAAAGUGCUGGUGCUUACGUCAUGCCGAGCCUUCCUCGUGACGGCACGAAUCCCCACCAAGCUCGAGUUAACCUUCAGCUACUUGGAGAUUCAUGGUGUCAGCUGCGGCAGGCCCGCUCAGAUGGUCGUGGAGACUGACAAGCACAGCAUCUCCAUGAGGAUGGCGUCGCCCGACGACGUGAGCGAAGUGUUGGCUCACAUCGGCACCUGCCUGCGGAGGAUAUUUCCUGGCCUCUCUCCAGUGAGAAUCAUGAAAAAAGUCUCCAUGGAGCCCUCUGAGCGACUGGCCAGUCUCCAGGCUCUGUGGGACAGCCAGACCGUGGCCGAGCAGGGGCCCUGCGGUGGAUUUUCUCAGAUGUACGCCUGUGUGUGUGACUGGCUUGGAUUUUCAUACAGAGAAGAAGUACAGUGGGAUGUGGAUACAAUUUAUCUGACACAGGACACCAGGGAAUUGAAUUUGCAAGACUUCAGCCAUCUUGACCACAGGGACCUGAUACCCAUCAUCGCUGCUCUGGAGCACAACCAGUGGUUCACGAAGGUGUCUUCCAAGGAUCUGAAACUGUCCACUGAUGUCUGUGAACAGAUACUGAGGGUGGUGAGUAGGUCCAAUCGGCUGGAAGAAUUGGUGUUGGAAAACGCUGGACUUAGAACAGAUUUUGCACAAAAACUGGCCAGCGCUUUAGCCCAUAAUCCCAACUCAGGACUCCACACAGUUAACCUUGCUGGCAACCCGCUGGAAGACCGAGGUGUAUCCUCUUUAAGUAUUCAAUUUGCCAAACUCCCAAAGGGAUUAAAGCAUUUAAAUUUAUCUAAAACCUCAUUGUCACCUAAAGGGGUGAAUAGCCUUUCUCAGUUCCUCAGUGCCAACCCGUUGACCGCCACCACCCUUACCCAUCUCGACCUCUCAGGGAACGUCCUCCGCGGAGAUGACCUCUCGUCCAUGUACAAUUUUUUGGCCCAGCCAAAUGCCAUUGCUCACCUGGAUUUAUCCAAUACCGAAUGUUCCCUGGACAUGGUCUGUACAGCUCUUCUCCGAGGAUGCCUUCAAUAUUUAGCUGUGCUCAACCUCUCCAGAGCUGUCUUUUCUCACCGGAAAGGAAAAGAAGUGCCCCCCUCCUUCAAGCAGUUUUUUAGUAGCUCCUUGUCUCUGAUGCAGCUGAACCUUUCCGGCACCAAACUGUCUCCUGAGCCCUUAAAAGCACUGUUGUUGGGCCUGGCUUCCAAUCAUAACUUGAAGGGGGUCUCCCUUGAUCUCAGCAACUGUGAGCUGAGGUCUGCAGGUGCACAAGUGCUAGAAGGCUGCAUCGCCGAAAUCCACAAUAUCACCAGCUUAGACAUCUCCGAUAAUGGUUUAGAAUCUGACCUCUCCACCUUAAUAGUGUGGCUCGGUAAAAACAGAUCAAUACAGCACCUGGCGUUAGGCAAAAAUUUUAAUAAUAUGAAAUCCAAAAAUCUGACACCUGUGUUGGACAACUUAGUACAGAUGAUUCAAGACGAAGAAUCGCCUCUGCAGUCCUUGUCCCUGGCCGACUCGAAACUCAAGACCGAGGUCACCAUCAUCAUCAAUGCCCUGGGAAGCAACACCUCCCUGACCAAGGUGGACAUCAGCGGGAACGGAAUGGGGGACAUGGGAGCAAAGAUGUUGGCCAAGGCGCUGCAGAUCAACACCAAGCUCAGGACCGUGAUAUGGGACAAGAACAACAUCACCGCACAAGGCUUUCAGGAUAUAGCUGUUGCCAUGGAAAAGAACUACACGUUGAGAUUUAUGCCAAUUCCCAUGUAUGAUGCGUCUCAAGCCCUAAAAACAAACCCCGAGAAAACAGAAGAGGCUCUGCAAAAGAUAGAAAACUAUCUGCUCCGGAAUCACGAGACCAGGAAAUACCUUCAAGAGCAGGCCUACCGCCUGCAGCAGGGCAUUGUCACCAGCACCACGCAGCAGAUGAUUGACAGAAUAUGUGUGAAAGUACAGGACCAUCUCAACUCGUUACGAAACUGUGCGGGAGACGCCGUCCAGGAAGAUUUAAAAUCAGCAGAAAGGCUCAUGCGUGAUGCCAAGAAUUCUAAAACGUUGUUACCAAACUUAUACCACGUUGGUGGUGCAUCUUGGGCGGGGGCCAGUGGCUCGUUAUCCGGUCCAAUUCAAGAGACCCUGGAAUCAAUGGCUGGAGAAGUCACGAGAGUCGUAGAUGAACAACUAAAGGUGCUGCUCGAGUCCAUGGUCGACGCUGCCGAAGAUCUGUGUCCCAACGUGAUGAAGAAAGCCCACAUCCGACAAGACUUGAUUCAUGCCAGCACUGAAAAGAUCUCCAUCCCACGUACCUUUGUUAAAAAUGUCCUGUUGGAACAGUCUGGAAUUGACAUCCUUAACAAAAUUAGUGAAGUGAAGUUGACAGUGGCCUCCUUCCUGUCUGAUCGGAUUGUGGACGAAAUUCUGGAUGCGCUCUCACACUGCCAUCAUAAACUGGCCGACCAUUUCAGCAGACGGGGCAAGACCCCUCCCCAGCCGGAGUCCUCAGAGGUUGAGCCGGCCGAGGAGAAGCCAGCCAAACGCUCCGUCCUCACGGUGGAGGAGCUCACAGACAUGGAUCAUUUGGAAGAUCUGGAUGCUUGUAUGAUGACGCCCAAAUCCAAACGGAAGAGUAUCCAUAGCCGGAUGCUGCGGCCUGUUUCCAGGGCCUUCGAGAUGGAGUUUGACCUCGACAAAGCUCUGGAGGAGGUGCCCAUCCACAUCGAAGACCCGCCCCUCCCGCCCGCCCGGCAGGAGAAGCGGAGCUCGGGGCUCAUCUCCGAGCUGCCUUCUGAAGAAGGGAAGAAGCUGGAACACUUCACCAAGUUAAGGCCGAAGCGGAAUAAGAAGCAGCAGCCCACCCAGGCGGCGGUCUGCGCUUCCAGCAUAGUCUCCCAAGACGGGGAACAGAACGGCCUCAUGGGGAGAGUGGACGAAGGUGUGGAUGAAUUUUUCACCAAGAAGGUGACCAAGAUGGAUUCCAAGCGAUCGGCAAGAGGCUCCGAGUCCCAUGAGCUUGGCGAAGGAGGAGACGAAAAGAAAAAGCGAGAUUCUCGGAAAAGCGGCUUUCUCAAUUUAAUCAAAUCCCGGUCCAAAACGGAGCGGCCCCCGACGGUCCUGAUGACGGACGAGCCCUCGUCGCCCAAAGGGGCCAUCCGGAGUCCGGCCUCGGACACACCCAGGAAGGACGCGAAGCCAGCGGAGCACAAUGGCAGUUCUGAGCGGCUGGAGGAGAUGAAAACACCCGACCCCGUCGAGGAAAGUCCAGGGGAAGACGUGGGGAAGGCAGACCGGAGUGACAGCAAGGGCAGCCCACAGGCCGGGCGGAGGUACGGGGUGCAGGUGAUGGGCAGCGGUCUGCUGGCGGAGAUGAAGGCCAAACAGGAGAGGAGAGCCGCCUGGGCGCAGAAGAAGCUUGGGAAUGAUGCAGCGUCUCAGGAUUCUUCCGGCCUGGGCAGCAAAGAGCGGUUGGAUGCAGGUGGGGCAGUGCCUAAGCCGCACCCAGGUGUUCCGGAGAACCGCUUCGGUUUGGGAACACCAGAAAAGAACGCCAAAGCGGAGCCCAGAGUGGACGCGGGUUCCAGGCCCCGGAGCUCGUCCAACACGCCCACCAGCCCGAAGCCCCUGCCGCAGGCCCCCAAACCCAGCCUGGCGGCACGCCCCACCAUCCCGCAGAAACCAAGAGCCGCCUCGCGGCCUGAGGACAUCCCGGACUCCCCAUCCAGCUCUGGCUCGUCGAAAAUUGCUCUUCUCCCACCUGUCCUGAAAAAAGUUCCUUCGGACAAGGAGAGAGAUGGGCAGAUUAGCCCCCAGCCCAGUCCCAGGACACUUUCCCAGGAAGUUUCAAGGAGAAGCUGGGGCCAGCAGGCCCAGGAGUAUCCAGAACAGAAGCCGUGGUCCUCCAGUAGAGACGGCCACCAAGGCGGCAAAUCUAGCGACUCUGGGGAAGAAGCGGAGAGAGAGUUUAUUUUUGUGUAAAGGUCCCCGGUGCACAAGUCUCAGUGCAGGGGUGCUUUGUUAGCCGUUAGAGAGCAGUCAAGGGCAACGCUUCCUCCUGAGUUCUUCUCUCGGUGCUCUUUUCCUUUCCCUUCUUUUCUUUACUUGCCUUUUGAAAACAGAAACAGACCCAUUUGGGUUUUUUGGUAAUCGAAGUACAUUUGUUUCGUCUUCUCCCGACCCUCGGCAUUUGAUUCCGAAGCAUUCCUCCAUAUGCCUUUAGUGAAAGCCAGCAAUUAUUCCAUGGGCCCUACUGGAAUUUCUCGGAGGCAGCGACAGUGUGCCCCGCGAGAGGGGUUUUGGGAGGUAAUCCAAGUACCUGGACACAUCCUCACACGAGUAUCACCAUCGGCUGACGGUGGGGUACCGCUGCAUGGACCCGUGUCAGAUCUGCACUUGACUCGAGAGAGCAAUUUAUUCUCGAUGUAUGCAAUUGCACAUUGUAAGUAUGUUGACAGAGCACACUAAUAAAUAAUUUGUAUAAAUUAUAUAUAUUAGAUCUUGGCUAUGGUUUUUACGUUCUCCCCUGGGGAACUUCUUCCUUCCUGAUGUGGAACUGUCCGCGUAAAUUUGGUCGGUGACCUUUGCGAUAGCAUCCAGGAGCCCAGUUAAGAACAGGGUGAAAGAGGCCCACGGCUGAUCUUACCAUGUGAUGUGCCCGGAUUCAUGUACAUAGUUGAUCGGAAUGAGGUUUUAUGAAUAUUCAUGUUUUUUGAAGGCCUAUAAUUUCUGUCUGCGUAUUAGCUUUUAAUGUAUGAUUUUAAGAAUACUUUGACACCUGUAAAAAAAAUCAAAACACUACUCUUUUUAAGACAUUUCACAAAUAUUCACUUACAUUACAGGCUGAGGUAUUUUAUUCACAUGUAUAUUUAUACCAAUAAAAUGAUUUUACAAGUGGAA